GGCCGUGCCAUACAUCAUUCAUAAUAAUACGAGCGCUCGUCGCAGCAACAAGCAUGGCUAAAAGUGAAAGUAACGUUGGCACAGCGGUGGAGUCGCUUCCCAAAAGAAGAGCGACCUCAGUUGUGUGAACGUGGUUCAGUUAGAAAAGAUCAAAUGAAACGAGAAACCACAGGAAUAUGUAAGACGUGUGAGAGACUGACAACUAAACAACAAACUCCAAAGACAGAGCUCAACAGCAAACCACCAACUGAAGAAGUAAGAGGUGUGUCCUCGUGGAGAGCGGACAAACCUCCACAAGGUCUGUGAACGCUGCACAGAGUCCCCCGAGCUCUACGAUUGGCUCUACCUGGGCUUCAUGGCCAUGUUACCGCUGGUGCUGCACUGGUUCUUCAUCGAGUGGUACUCCGGAAAGAAGAGUUCUAGUGCUCUGCUGCAGCACAUCACAGCCAUGUUGGAGUGCAGCGUGUCGGCUGUGGUCACCCUGCUGGUCACGGAGCCGGUGGGGCUCCUCAGUAUCCGUUCCUGUCGAGUCCAGAUGCUGUCAGACUGGUACACCAUGCUGUACAACCCCAGUCCAGACUACAUCAACACGUUACACUGCACCCAGGAAGCUGUCUACCCUCUCUACACCAUAGUGUUGAUCUACUACGCCUUUUGCCUGGUGCUGAUGAUGCUGCUGCGUCCUCUCCUGGUAAAGAAGAUCGCGUGUGGUCUGGGCAAAUCCGAUCGCUUCAAGAGCAUCUACGCCGCUCUCUACUUCUUCCCCAUCCUGACGGUGCUGCAGGCAGUUGGUGGAGGUCUGCUCUACUAUGCCUUCCCCUACAUCAUCCUGGUCCUGUCUCUGGUCACACUGGCCGUGUACAUGUCUGCCUCUGAGAUACAGUCUUUCAAGAACCUGGUGGCUAAGAAGAAGCGUCUGGUCGUCCUGUUCAGCCACUGGCUGCUCCACGCGUACGGCAUCAUCUCCAUCUCCCGACUGGACAAGCUGGAGCAGGACCUGCCUCUGCUGGCCCUCGUGCCCGGCCCCGCCCUCUUCUACAUAGCCACGGCCAAGUUCACCGAGCCCAGCCGCAUCCUGUCCGAGGGCGGCAACGGACACUGAGCUGGAGCUUUCAGCAGACUGAAUGUCAUCAUGAGGUGUCAGACAUGUGUGUCUCUUCAUGAUUCAGUGAUGUGAAGAUACGAGAGACAAAUGAUCCCACACUACAGGAAGUCACUUCCUCUGAGUGUUUGUGUUUGUACACAGGGCGGAUGUUUCACACAGCUUACACACAUCAUCUCAUGUAAAUGUUCCCGUGGGAGUCUGACUUCAUGGAAACUAGCUGCACAGCCCAGGCUGAGAGCUGCUCACUGACAUUUAAACAUCAGCGUGGUUUUAAACUCCUGUCUGUUCAUUCCACGUUGACAAAGCUGUCAGACAUUUUGUAAUUUUUUGUCCCACAGUCUAUAGAAACGCUGCAGCGACGCAGACAUGCGAAAUGUGUGGGUAGAGCUGCAGCCGGGUGCUGUUUAAUUUAAAUGGAUAUAUUUUGUUACAGAGGUGGAACCCUGACAUUUUAUCAGCCUCUUUUAUUUUUAUUUCACAUCCCCAAGUGACUCUUUUUCUCUUUUUUUGUGCAUGCUGUACAUUCUCUUGUAAACACAGUAAAUGUUGUGAGUGAAGCGUGAUGAUGUCGCGGCUCCUCAGACCACCUCAGAGUGUGAUGGACGAGUAGCAGUAGUACAGCCUCGUCCGGUUAGCACCGUUCCCCGGCGACCUGCUCUGGAAUCUUGCAAAACAUCUGGAUGAACAAACAUCCUGUCAGCUUCAUGAUGGACCUAAAUCUAGCUUGUAGCUUGAUUUAGUCAAAUUUUAAAGCUUUUAUGCUCAUCUACGUCUACAUUAAUGUAACUUUCUGUUCUAUUAAAGGUCCAGUGUGUAGAAUUUUAGCGGCAUCUAGUGGUGUCGUUGCAGAUUGCAACCGACUGAAUACCCUGCUGCUCUUACUCUUGAUUAAAGCAUGAAGGAGAAGCUACAGUGGCAGUGAAACCACUAAAGGUUUGUCCCUUCUGGGCUGCUGUAGAAACAUGGUGGGCCCUCUGAUGGUUCCUUCUAAGGUAACACAAACAUUCUGAAUGUUAUUUUCAGGCAAAUAAACACGAAUACAAACAGAGUCAUGAUGAAUAUUAUAUUGGUCUUCUGCCAGUACUUACCCUUUAAUAUUACACACUGGACCUUUAACAACAGCCAUACACUAUGGCUGUUAAAUGUUGCAAACAGAUAAGAAUAGCAGGACAGGAAGUAGACUUACAUCCUGUUUCAUGUUGCAGAGACAGAAUCUUUGGAGUUCAACUUCACAUUUGUCUUUGGCACCAACAUAUCUGAUAUUGGAGUCACAAAUAUGGUUAUAGGUGCGAGGAAACGUGUAAAUAGUGUAGAUAUGUUGUAAAGAUCGAAGACACUGAAAGACAGCAGCAGCUGUCUGUCAUCUGACGUUUUGUUCUGUAAUCUUCACAUGAACUUCAGUGUGUUUGUGUUGAAGCUGCUUUAUCUGUAUAUUGUAAAUAUCCAUGUCCUGAUGCUUGUCAAUGAUGCACGCAGGCUCAGAUUCCUCGUGAAUGUGUCACUCUAUUUAAAGCUCAGUGUAUAUCAUUACUUAUUAUCGAGCAUGAGCUCAGACUUCAGGUGUUUACGAGGCUCCGAACGCAGACAUGUCGUGGGGCAAAGAAACAUGCUGAUGUCACUGUGGACGGGAAACUCAUGCAAUCCGAUGAGGCACAAUAUGCAGUGUGUUUCCAGAACAGUUUGACUGAGUGAUCAUUUUCAGAAUGAAAACCUGAACGCAGCUCUUGCAUCACGGACUGCUCUCAGCCAUGUUCAUCACAGGACGCCAGGCGUUGCAUGCUUCUGCUUGUCUACACAUGUUGUGUUGUGAAAUCAAACAGAUGUGCCAAAUGUUGUAAACAUACACACGGUUUGUUGUUGCCUCUUCAAAAUAAAGUGAAGUCUCC